UUGAAAGGAAAAUUACAAAUGUUGGAGCAUAUGGAAGGUGAUGAUGUUAAAGACAAAAUGGAGUCCAUGAGGACCCUGCUAGAGGAAAAAAAAACGGAGCUGGAUGACUUGGAUCAAUUGAAUAACACCCUCUUAGCCAAAGAGCAGAUUGCAAAUGAUGAAUUACAAGAGGCCAGAAAAAAUAAUAGUUAUAUGAAUCGCUCUGUUUUUUUUCGCAUAUUGUUACUAUGCUUAAAUAUUUUGAUACAUCGCUCUUUCUCUUCAAUAACAUUAUGCAAAAGAAAAGGAGAGCGAUCCAUAUAGGUUUUAUUUCUUUUCGGGCCUCUUGUAAUUCAUCAUUUGCAAUCCGCUCUUUAGCUAAGAGGGUGAUAUUCAAUUGAUCCAAGUCAUCCAGCUCAGUCUCUUUUUCCUCUAGCAUGGUCCUAGUGGAUUCUAUUUUGUCUCUAACAUCAUCACCUUCCAUAUGCUCCAUCAUUUGUAUUUUUCCUUUCAACUUCUCUAUUUUUACCUUCAAAUUCUGCUUGUAUUAGAGAUUGUUCAUGUUGGCCUUAUUUCCAAUUUUUAUGUUUGUAAGUUGGACUUCAAAUUUAUGAAAGGUUUAUUCUUUUCUUGAAAUACUAUAAAAGUGGUAGUUAGUAGAUGCGAGGGUUAGCAAAAGUUUUAUUUACGUGACAUUUUUUGUUAUUUUGUCAAACUAUAGAGUUCCACAGUUCCACUGCUUUAGUUCAAUGCUGUUUAGACUUCGUAAAUGAUGAAAAAGUUCUAACCUUGUAAAUGACUCAAAACCUAUAUUUGCAAGUAGCUUUAUAAGAAUAGCACAUGCAUAUAGGAUCAUUUAGAAAAGCCAUGGACUAAUGCCCCAAAUGAUGUUUACUUUGUCAUUUUAGUUUCAUAAAUUGAAAAGGAACAGCUUAAACUGGUGGUGGCCAACCGUGUGGCAGUAGUGGUGGCACUAGUGGCAGAAACUGAUGGUGGUGGGUGAAGGAAGUUGAUGGGAUGGUGGUGCUGGUGGCAGCAUUACUUGUAGUCAUGGUCAUAGAAAGCGCGUUUUUCUCGAAAAAAAUGUGAGCUAAAUUAAAUGGUCAUUUAAAACUUCAAAAAAAGUGUUUUAAAAAAAAUACUAAAAAACGAAAAAAAUACGUCUUUACCGCGUUUUUACGUGUUUUUUACUUUUUUUUUUUAGUUUUUCAAUGUCAAACAAUUUUUUUUCGUUUUUUAUUUUUUAUUUGUUGCAAAUCUACUUAUUUUUUUAUGUUUGUAUUGUUAGUUUCUUAGUUAUUUUAUUUUUCAUUUGUUUUUAGUUUUUAAAAAUUUUUAAAAAUUUACCGUAGUUGGUAAUGGUAGGGAUGAUGAGAGUUUUGCAAGGCCAAACACGUGUUUGUGGCGUGGUAGUGAUCAUGGUUAUGGUGGUAACAUUGUGGCUGGUGGCAUUAAUGCCAAUGACAUUGAUUGGGAUGAAUGUUGUGAACUUGUGAUAUGAUACGGUGGAGCAAUUAAGAAAUAAGAGUGAAAAACAUGUUUCUAUUUGUUUGUGAAAAUAGGGAAUUUUCUACUUAAACUGAUUGAAAUUUGAAACUCUUUGAUAAUGAAGAUAGGUUCAUCCAAAGCAGAGAAAAAAAAGGUCUAUGAACAAGUUGAACUGUGCUAUUUGUUGAAAUGCGGCUUUCUUGUUCUUUAUUUUGAUUUUGAAUCUUUAGCUUCUGCUGUUAUGCAACAUGUACACCCUUUUUUUUUUUCCUUUUUCUUUUUUUUUACGCUCAACUGAAGCAAUGAGUUUCUGAUGAUGACAUUGUUGCUGACAGGAAAUCAUAAACGAAGACGAUGAAAGGUUAAAAGAGCUGAAAGCCGGAUGACUGCCCUUAAGGAGCUUAAUGAAUACAAUGCAAGUGGAAGGGUCGGAUCGGGUCAUUGUGGACCCUUCAGCGCAAGCGGGAGGGGGAAAGGCGGCAAAAGCGCAGUCGUGCCUUCCACCCUCCAUGACCAUGGUGAGCAUGCAGGGUGGGGUCGCGCACGGUCUCCGUGGGAGGGAAGAUUGCAUCCACUGUCCAGAGCCCGACCCCGUCACGACCCAAAUGAAGAGACUUUAGAGGAGGAGCCUUCUUCUUCGUUGUCAUCGUGAUGAGGCCUACUCUUUACGGUGUCUUCGUCGAACUCGCUGAUUGCAGGAUGUCUUACCCGCGUUCUCCCUUUCGAGGUCGAGGCCGAUGGCGCGGCGGAGGAAGCCGAGGGUUUUCCGGGGGAGGGCCGAACGAAGAGGUUUUUGGGGAACCGGGUUUUAGGAGAGGGAGAGGUGGGGACUUUGGUGUCCGGCAGGGAGAAAAUGGGGGCUUUGCAUAUCGAGGGAGAGGUGGAUCUUUUAUUGGCGCUCCAAGGAUGCAAUUCCGGCCGAGACCGCCUCGUAGAACUGAUGAUUAUCGUCACUGGGAGUACGCUGCAACCCUGCCGCCGAGCGAUUCUGAACAAUUCGUUGUUGUUUCAUACAAUAUCCUUGCUGAUUAUCUCGCUAGGGAUCAUCAGAUGAAGCUUUAUGAUCACAUACCUCCACAUAUAUUGGAUUGGGAAUGGCGUAAGAGCAGAAUCCUUAUGGAGCUUGGGCUUUGGGGUCCUGAUAUCAUGUGUCUUCAGGAGGUAGACAGGUUCCAAGAACUACAAGAAGAGCUUAAAUUUAGAGGUUACAGUGGCACUUGGAAGAUGCGAACUGGCCUUCCUGUUGAUGGAUGUGCAAUGUUUUGGCGAUAUGACAGGUUUGUUUUAGCUCAUGAGGAGAAUAUUGAAUUUAAUCAGCUUGGCCUUCGAGACAAUGUUGCACAGAUCUGUGUCUUGGAGUCUAAGAGUCAAAGUCAAGCUGAAAUUGGAUCAGGAUCCUCAUCUGCCAGCUUUCACUGGGCAAAGAAGCCAAAGAGACUCGUGGUCUGCAACAUCCAUGUUCAUUACAAUCCCAAUCGUGGAGAAAUUAAGUUAGGGCAGGUUAGGGUGUUGCUAAAUCGUGCACACGUUGUGUCAAGGCUCUGGGAUGAUGCUCCUGUUGUCGUAUGUGGCGAUUUCAACUGCACUCCUGAGAGUCCAUUAUACAAGUUCAUUUCUCAGCAGAAGUUAGAAUUGUCUGGACUUUCCAGGAAGGAGAUAUCUGGGCAAUACUCAGCUCAUGUUGGUCUACCAGUUUUAGAUUACAAUCGGGAUCUGCACAGGUCACAAGCUUCACCUUAUAUCCAAGGCAGUGGACCAACAGCUGGGAAUUUGUCCUAUAUGAAAGAAAUAUGUAAUCAGCCUAUAGAGAGUAACAUCAGACAUGCAUCUUCACUAGGUUGUUUAUCAGAAAACGAACGAAUAAAUGCAGCGCCUGAUACUGCAGAUGUUAUACCUGCUGCAAUGCAUGAUAAGGAUGAUCAUGUCAAUCUGUGUUCUGUGGAACUGAAGAUUGAGGGUGAAAAGUUACCACUGAAUGAUGUAGGGAAAUCAGAGGAACCAUGUCAGAGUUUGGAAGCUACAUCUGAGAUGGCUGAUCCCAGGAAUAUAUUGUUAGAUACGGAUAUCGGCAUGCAGGACCUAAGCUUGAGCUCUUUAGAAGACAAAGAAGGGCCCGAGGCUGGUUUAGGUUCAACACAGAUUAGUCGCAGUCCUAGGUCGUUUAAUUCUUCUACUCCAAGCGUCCAGCAAAUGACUGACCUUUCUUUUGGAUUGGUUGAGAAAAUAGAAAGCGUUGACAAUGCUGGCCCAAGGGACAGAGAAUCUGAGGCUAUGCAGGAGAAGACACAUGUUAAGUGUGAGAAUUCCUCUGUCUUGGAGUCUGAUUUCAUGACAAACUUCAUCAAGCAGAAUGCCGACAUGCCAAUUUUUGGGGAAUCAACUGAACUGUGUGACACUAGGCUGAGUGGUUGUGAUCAGGAAGUACAUGAGGCUGUAUUGGAUCUCCAUUCUAGUUCUGUUGAUUACGUCUCUACUUCUGAUGCAUCCUGUAGUUUGGAACUGACAUCAAAUCCUAGAAAUGCAGCAGAUCUCUUACAAGAAUCAGAACAAUCUUGCGAGAGGAAUGCAGAAUAUGAGGAGUUAUACUUAGAAAGGUCAGAAGUGUCAGCAUGUACAACUGUUACCAAUUCAUCUUCCUCAGUGGAUAACAUUGUCAGUGGAGAUGGAGAAAUUGACUUCAUAAUGGAUGGUCUGACUUCUUCACUUGAUUCAAGGCUGCGCUCCUUGGAAGUAACAUCUCAGGGAGAACCUUUUAUCCCUACUGGUCAUGGUGAUGAUGCAGUAAAGAAAGACUAUGAUCCACACAUAUGGAGUUCAACAGAAAUAGAAGCAGCAACUGGGAAUGCUGAGUGCCCUUGUGCCGAACACCAGCUGCAACUAAGGAGUGUUUACACUGAAGUGAAGGAUUUCUCUGGAACAAGGGGUUUAAGCAGGGAGCCCGAGGUUACCAGCUAUAAUAGAAGGUUCAUGGGCACAGUUGACUACAUAUGGCGGUCAGAAGGUCUUCAGACCAUCAAAGUGCUAGGUACAUUGCCGAAACAUAUUCUACAAAGAACUAGAGGAUUCCCAACACAUUGUCUGCCGGUGUAUACGUACUGUGGUUCAUACCCUGCUCUGCAUCAUGUUCUUGUCCCUCAUCCAUAUUUUGUUACCUCUGGCUUUACGUGUACAUGCUGCUUUUGUCCAAUUCCUCUCCUGAAAAGGUGGCUUCAAGUGCAUUUGCUAAGUGCUUUGAUAAAAACUCGUGUUAAAAUAUUACAGUUCAAAGUUUAUAAUUUUUUUUUUAUAAAAACUUGUGUUAAAAUAUUACAGUUUAAAGUUUAUAUUUUUUUAUCUGUUCUUGUUGCUGUGCAUGUUGAAGGUACCGGCUUUCUUUUUGAAACGUCAACUGAUUUUGAUUUGUUGUGGACAUGUAUUGCUAUAUUGAUUUAAAUUA